AACAGAAACAAUGUGCAGCCCUCAUGUUGUUGCUCUCCCUUAUCCUGCACAAGGCCAUGUGAUUCCUUUACUGGAGCUCUCACAAUGCUUGGUUAAACAUGGCUUCAGAGUCACAUUUGUGAACACAGAGUUCAAUCACAAGAGGGUCUUGAAUGCAUUAGCAGAAAAGCAUGCUAUAGGUGAUCAAAUCCAUCUAGUGUCGAUCCCGGAUGGAUUGGAAUUAGAUGAGAAUAGAAAUGACUUGGGGAAGUUAUCUGAAGCAAUGCUCCGCGUCAUGCCUGGAAAGCUGGAGAAGCUUAUUGCAGAUAUCAACUUAGUAAAAGAUGAUAAAGUUACUUGUCUUAUUGCUGAUGGGAGUGCAGCAUGGGCCAUUGAACUAGCAGAAAAGAUGAAAAUCAAGAGGGUUGCCUUUUGGCCUCCAGCAGCAGGACUAGUGGCCUUGUCCCUCAGAAUUCCAAAGUUGAUCGAUGAUGGAAUCAUUGACAAAGAUGGAACUCCAGUCAAAAAGCAGAUGAUUCAAUUAGCUCCAGGCAUGCCCUCAUUCAACAGUGCAAACUUUGUUUGGGCAUGCAUUGGUGGGUCAAGCACACGGGAAUUCAUCUUUAAUCUUAUGGUUGAAAACAAUGAAUAUCUAAAAAAGGCAGAGUACAUGAUUUGCAACUCAACAUUUGACCUUGAACCUGUUGCAUUCACCUUGGUUCCACAACUUCUUCCAAUAGGGCCACUUUUAGCCAGCAGUUGCCUAGGAAAUUCAGCAGGAUACUUUUGGCCAGAAGACUCAACUUGCUUGAAAUGGCUUGGCCGACAGGCACCCCAAUCAGUCAUUUAUGUUGCAUUUGGCAGCUUCACAGUUUUUGACCAGACCCAAUUUCAAGAGUUAGCUCUAGGACUUGAAAUCACCAACAGACCAUUCCUGUGGGUUGUGCGGCCAGAUAUUACUGAUGAUGCAAAUAAGGCCUACCCAAAAGGCUUUAAAGAAAGGGUCACUGCACGUGGCCAAAUGAUAGGCUGGGCACCUCAACAGAAGGUUCUAAGUCACCCUUCCAUUGCCUGCUUCUUGAGCCAUUGCGGUUGGAAUUCCACCGUGGAGAGUGUAAGCAAUGGGGUCCCUAUCUUGUGCUGGCCAUACUUUGCUGACCAAUUCCUCAAUGAGAGCUACAUUUGUGAUGUUUGGAAGGUGGGAUUGAAGUUUAACAAAAACAACAAUGGGAUCAUCACAAGAGAAGAAAUCAAGAACAAGGUGGAUAAAGUACUUGGAGAAGAAAAUUACAAAGAAAGAGUUUUGAAACUCAAGGAAAUAGCCUUGAAUAGUGUCAGAGAAGGUGGUCAGUCCAACAAGAAUUUUAAGAAUUUCCUGGAAUGGGUCCAGGAAUGA